CAAUACACCAGAUGCUUAGAUGUUGCACAGACACUCACGCACAUGCCAAUCGCGUAUGCCCGCCUUGCCAGCUUCCUGAUAUGGAUCUGGAGAGGACAUUACCGUGCACAUGGAACGCUCCGGCGAUCUGGAAAGCAUAUGUUCAGCAAGCGCUGCGAUGAUUUCUGGGUUAUACCGCCGAGUGGCAAUUGAGUGUGGCAGAGCAAGGCCUUGAGUCAUGGUGGAAGAGUUACCGGAAGGCAUCAAUGUUAUGCAAAGCCCACUGUCAAGGCAAGGCGCUCAAUUUGCGUUAUUUGAGACUUGGCUACCUGGCGGACCGUCAUAGUGCCAGAUACAGCAAGCAGCGCUGGGUCUCAUCCGGCACAGCAAUACGUCGACAGAGAUGUGCAGCAGAACAUGUGCAAGGCUCGUUGGUCCGUCCCGUCCAGGGUGGAACUUGCUCUGAUGAGCAUACUCACGUACCCUGCAGCAUGAGCACUCCGACCAUUAGACCGGCGGGUAUCACAACUCGCUCAGCACCCGAGGUCUUCGUUGAAAAUGGUGUUGCUGUCGCUGUCGCUGCUGAUGCCGGCACAGUAGUCGUCCGCCCACGGACAGUGGCAAUCUGAGCGCUUGCCGUGGAGGGCUGUGCACCGGUUGACACAGUCCCGCCACUUGAGUGCGUGGACGUAGCAGAUUGUGAGCUUGUUGUGCGCGUCGCGGCGGCAGCACCGAACGAUGAGAAAGUGUAGGUUCCAGUGUCUCCACUGACCCACGACCAUGUGAGCACACUCAUAGUGAUGUUGUACUGACUUAGCGCGGUUAUCGAUCCAGGAGUGUUUGACAAGGUUGCCGUAGGCGGAAGCCAGAAGGUAAUGCUAACGGAUUCAAGUAUCCUGCCUGGCCGGUAGGCGCUAUCCCUUCGCUAGGACACUGCGACG